AUGAAGGCGCCGAAUCCUGACGACAUCGUCGUGAACGAGACUCUGGGCAGCGACGAUGAGUACGCGGCGGCGGCGGGCCCGAUUCCCACGUUCCCUGAGAAGUGGAUCGCGGAGGCUUGGGAUCAAGUCCCCAAGCAGAUCAUCAUCGACGCGUUCCGCCACUGUGGGAUCUCAAGCAAGCUGGACGGAACGGAGAACCACCUGGUGAUGUCUCACCUGCGCGCCAGGAGCACCACUGAUGUCUCCGCGGACAUGUCCCUCGGGGGGACCACAGGCGACAACACGCGCCUGCUCGGUCGGGCUCCAGAGGAGGAGGAGGAGGAGGAGGAGGAGGUGAUGCAGGCGGAGGGCGUGCGGGAGGUGGCAGUGGCAACCGGCCUGGAGGUGCUGUACCAGGAGACCCCCAACUACCGCGGGGCGGCGGCCGAGGCUGACCGCAUGAUCGAGCCUAGGGAGACGGCUAGGCAUGCCUGGCGAGUGCCAGACCUGGGUGUAGAGCCUGUUGUUAGCGCAGGCGAGGAGGCGGUGACUGAGGGGGGUUAG